AUGAGGUUGUGUGUUGAUUAUGGACAGUUGAAUAAGGUUACUCUCAAGAACAAGUAUCCUCUUUCUAGGAUUAAUGACCUUAUAGAUCAACUUGUUGUGGUAUUCAUCAACUACAUCUUAGUGUAUUCGAAAUCAGAUGAAAAGUAUGCAGGACAUAUGAAAGUUGAGUUACAGAAUUUGCAAGAGAAUAAAUUAUAUACGAAGUUGUCCAAGAGUGAGUUUUUGUUGCGUGAAGUGAGCUUCCUUGGUUUUGCUGGUUAUUACAGGAGGUUUAUAGAAGGAUUUUUAAGAGUUGGCAGUUAUGGUGUUUGUGUUGAAAGUUUUGAGACAUUAUCUGUUUGGCUCUCGAUUGAGGUGUUCAACGAUCAUAAGAGUUUAAAAUACUUGUUUGAUAAGAAGGAGCUGAAUAUGUGGCAAAAGGAGGUGGCUCGAAUUUCUGAAGGAUUAUGA